CUUUCAGUAUCAACUUCAAUUUUUCAGCUGUGACACCCUUGCAUAAACCCUAGAUUCUCAGUAUCAACUCCAAUUUUUCAGCUGUCUGGUCGCCGUGAUGCCGGAAAUAUCCAAGGUCGAUUCCGCCAAAAGAAAGCGGAUAAGAAAGCGCGAUUCAAGGAAAAAGCAUAGCAUGACCGAUGGAAGCCUCACAGUUGCUGAAGAAGAAGUGGACAAAUUGAAAGAGAACGAAAAUUAUGGCAGUGAGCACGAAAAGGGCGAAGAGAAGAGCUUGAAGAAAGAUAUGAAAAAGAAGAGAAAGGAUUUGGCAAAAAGGAUGGAAAAAGAUGAGGAUGAGAACCUGGGAGAACAGGGGUCGAAGGAAGAGAAGAAAAAGAAGAAUUUGGUGAGAAAGAGAGAAGAAGAUGAUGAAGGAAGAGAAGAAGAGGAGGAAGAUGAGGAGGAAGAAGAGGAGGAAGAUGAUGAGGAUGAGAGGAAGAAGGAGAUAAAGAAGGCAGUGAGGAGUUCGGGCUCUGGGAUUAUGAGCACAGAGUUGUUUUCGACGCUGGGGCUUUCGGAACUCACCAUGAAAGCUAUUAAUGAAAUGGGGUUUGAGUACAUGACUCAGAUCCAAGCCAGAGCAAUUCCACCAAUGUUGGAAGGAAAAGAUGUUCUUGGUGCUGCAAGGACUGGUUCUGGUAAAACCCUUGCCUUUCUUAUACCAGCAGUGGAAUUGUUGUUUAAUGUGAAAUUUACACAUCGCAAUGGAGCUGGAGUCAUUGUCAUUUGCCCCACAAGGGAGUUGGCCAUACAGACGCAUGCUGUGGCAAAAGAACUUCUCAAGUAUCAUUCCCAGACACUGGGAUUGGUUAUUGGAGGUGCAACACGAAGAGGAGAAGCUGAACGCAUUAAAAAAGGAGUAAAUCUUUUAAUAGCUACUCCAGGUCGACUUCUUGAUCACCUUCAGAACACUAAGGGAUUUGUUUACAAAAACUUGAAGUGCCUCAUGAUUGAUGAAGCGGAUAGGAUAUUAGAAGCAAAUUUUGAAGAAGAAAUGAAGCAAAUAAUGAAACUUCUUCCAAAAGAGGGUAGACAAACUGCUCUAUUUUCAGCUACACAGACUAAGAAGGUUGAGGAUCUGGCUCGCUUGUCUUUUCAGACAACUCCUAUCUAUAUAGAUGUGGAUGAUGGAAGAAAGAGGGCCACUAAUGAAGGACUGCAGCAAGGGUACUGUGUCAUUCCAAGUGCUAAGCGAUUUACCCUUCUUUAUUCCUUCCUGAAGAGGAACUUAUCAAAGAAAAUAAUGGUCUUCUUCUCUUCGUGCAACUCUGUAAAGUUCCACUCAGAACUUCUUCAGUAUAUCCAAAUUGAUUGCUUUGAUAUUCAUGGAAAGCAAAAGCAGCAGAAGCGGACCACUACUUUCUUUGAUUUCUGCAAAGCUGAAAAAGGCAUAUUGUUAUGUACUGAUGUUGCUGCAAGGGGACUUGAUAUUCCUUCUGUGGACUGGAUUAUACAAUAUGACCCCCCAGAUGAACCUAAGGAAUAUAUUCAUAGAGUUGGUCGAACAGCACGUGGGGAAGGUGCAAAAGGAAAUGCAUUGCUCUUCCUGAUUCCAGAGGAAUUGAAAUUUCUUGCCUAUCUUAAGGCUGCAAAAGUCCCGGUAAAACAGUACGAGUUUGAGGAGAGAAAGCUUGCCAAUGUGCAGUCCCACCUGGAGAAGUUGGUUUCUAAUAAUUAUUACCUGAAUAAAUCCGCUAAAGAGGCUUACAGAUCCUAUAUAUUGGCAUAUAAUUCACACUCCAUGAAGGAUAUAUUCAACGUUCAUCGGCUUGAUAUGCAGGCCGUUGCAGCUUCCUUCUGUUUUUCUUCUCCUCCAAAAGUAAAUCUGAAUAUAGACAGCAGCGCGGCCAAGUUUAGGAAGAAGCACAAAGGUGAAGGGAGAAAUGGGUUCAGUGAGAGAAAUCCUUAUGGGAAUAAAGGUGAGAAUGACCAGCGGCAAUUUGUAAGAUACUAGUGAAGUCUGAUGAAGAAGCUGCAAAAAGUUUGUGUCAAUGGCUAACAUGAGAAUAUUCAUUUUUGUGCACCAUUUUACAAUUUUGUUCCAAGAGUAGAAAAUCGAGCUCCUUGAACGUCUAGGCAUCAUUUUGUACUAUGUUUACAGGAUAGGGAAAGGGAAAAAGAAAACAAUUUUAGUAUUUCACCUUUCAACUGUUACCUCUGUUUUAUGUUUAUUUAUUUAUUAUGGUUUUAAGAAUCACAAGAAAGAUUGUGGA